AUGCCGUCAACAACAAAGACACCGCCUCCAGAGCUUGAGGUGCUCACCUUCCUCUCGGAUCCAAACGCUCAGGUGCGUCAAGUUGCGCUCAGCAACAUUGUCGGCUUUAGCGCAAAGGACAGCCCACAUCGUUCGCUGCUUAUUUCCAAGCACAAGAACCGAGAUGGCUCCCCGUUGCUCGGUCGUGAUGGCAAAGAGGUGGACACUGUCGAAGAUCUCAAACGACUCUGCCAAGACCAGCCUAUCACUGCGCAUGACGCCUUUAGCGCACUGAUCAACAUCUCGGAUAGCUUGGUCCUGGCUCGCAAGAUUGGUGACAAGGGUUUCCUCGAGUUUCUGGUCCGAUACAUUGCCGACCCAGUUUCUCUGCUCGCCGACCUUGCCUGCAUGCUCCUCUCCAAUCUCACCAAGCUCGAGUCCAUCUGCGCCAUUCUACUCGAUCUCCAAGUGCAGGCUCGUCCGUUCUACAGCUUCAUGGCAUCCGAAGAGAUGGAAGGUGCCCUCAACGGCAUGGACGUUGAGCCCAGCGACCCCGACUAUGCAGCCAAAAAGGCCAAAGCCGAGGAGUAUGCAAACAAAGUAGCAGAGCAGGCAAAAAAGAUGAACGAGAAAGUGCCUGCUAUGGCUAGGCUGCUUGACGCUUUCGAAGAGGGCGCAACCGUAGCAUCACAGGGAAGCGACCUCGAGGCCAUGAAGCAACGAGCAAGGGAUGCUGCCACCAAAGCUGAGUCGGACAAAGACACAGAGCCCGAAAAGGUGGAAAGAGGACCAGACGGGAGACCAAGAAUCAAACGCAAGACCAACUGCAACUUCUUGGCGAGCGUGUUUGCCAACGUCACCGUGUUGCCAAGAGGAAGAGACUGGUUUGUGACACCAUUGUCUGCAUCUUCGGCAGCGACUUCAGCAACAGCUCAGGCAGCGCUGGCUCGAGGUGUUGACGGGCACGGAACUACACCUGCUGCCACAGAGUACCCUGUUGCCCGCAUCAUGGCAUUCACCGAGCAUCCCAACCUGAUCCGCAGGGGAGGUGUCAUCAGCACACUAAAGAACGUUCUCUUUGUCAAGUCGGCACACAAGCUUCUUGUCGCACCACCACCCGCGCGCGAUGGCGAAGACGAGAUGCUCGCCGGCGCUCUUCGUGCUACUACCCGUCCGCCCUCCUCUGUGGAUAUCCUGCCGUACCUCUUGCUUCCGCUCUGCGAUGGAAAAGAGCUUUCGGAAGUUGACCUCGAAGAUCAGGAGGAGCUGCCGGAAGAAUGUCAAAUGCUACCAGAGGACAAGAAGCGCGAGAAGGACCCGGCACUUCGCCUCAUGCUUGUCGAGUCGCUCCUUCUUCUCUGCACCAACAUCUAUGGGCGACAGUGUUUGCGCGCAAGAGGUGCCUAUGUUGUUGUUAGGUCAGCACAUCUUGUCGAGGCGGAUGAAAAGAUAGCUGAGGCAGUGCUAAGGUUGGUCAACAUCCUCAAGAGAGAUGAGUCGGCCGCUACAGCCAAGGAUCUGGAAGAUGACGCCGAGGCAAUGCACGAGGAUGUCGGUGCUGAGGACCAGGAGGACGUCGAGAGCGAUGACGAAGACCUGCAAAUCGAAGAGCUCUGA